UCCACAGGAAGUAGUGGAGAUUUCUUUUUUUCUUUUUUUCUGGUUUCGUUUUGACGUGUUAUCAUUUUCGAAUUCAUGCUUAUGUUUAUGCUUAUCAUUCUUUGACAUCACACGAUUAAGGAAAGACACCUGUCAUUUUACAGAAAAACAUUUUGGACACCUGGUCUACUGAUUGAGAAUACCUGACACUAUGGAAGAUGUUGCUGUGACUGCCGACUUGAAGGACUUGCUGGAGCUGCAGCUGUCCGAGGUUGAGAUGCUGGCCAGCAUGUUCCCGAACCCUGGAGAGUUCAGUCUGGACAGUCGGUCUGCACUUGCAGACGUGCAGGCCUUUGUGGAGGGCAAGAUUCAGUAUCAGUACUUGAGAACUCGUAUAGGUUUUACAGUCAGGAUUGCAGCCGAUAGCAAUAAGAAGCAGAUGUUGGAGCUAGUAGUACAUCUGCCACACAAAUAUCCAGCCGUCGCUCCCGAGGUUUUCUUCCGAGCCCCUCAGAUGAGUCGGGAAUCCGAUCACCAGCUGAACGAAGGUCUGACAGAGUUUAUAAACUCGACGGAACGUGGCGAGAUUUGUAUUGGUGCUGUUGUUCAAUGGCUUGAAGAAAAUUCACCCAAAUAUAUUAGUAGUAAAGAGGCACCAUCUCGGACACAGAAAACCCCAGUAGUAGAUUCCGUGUUCACGCGUCUGUGGGUGUACAGUCACCACAUUUAUAGUAAGACCAAGCGCCGCGACAUUUUGGACUGGGCCCAUGAGCUCAAAGUGACGGGAUUCUGUAUGCCUGGAAAGCCAGGUGUUAUCUGUAUUGAAGGUUACGGCAGCCAGGUGGAAGAGAUGUGGUUUCGAAUACGGAGAAUGAACUGGAAAAAAAUAGCAAUUAAAGAAAAAGAAGACUUUCAGUUAAACAAAGAUUCAGUAGAAAGUUUCCGAAAGUUUGAUACUUUCAGUGAAUUAAACUUUGAAGUUAGAGGUGGUAAAGGUAGAGAGUAUCACAUGGACUUGGGCAAGUUCUGUGAAUUUCUUGAACAGCGUGGUUGUGAAAAAAUAUUCAACAUUUACUUUGGGGUUGGAGGGAAAAGUGUUUCUAAUGAAUAAUAUAAGCUUAAUACUGUAAAAAAAAUAAUUGCUAUUAUUAUAUAUAAAUUGUUUACAGAAUGACAUAUGUUUACCGACCUGUACAGGUUAAGACUAUUAAAGACAAAAAUACAAA